UAUAAAUAGGACCGGAGGGAGUAUAUCAGUAUAAGAGAGAUUUAGAGUUAAAACCAAAACCAAAAAGUAUAGCCAAAAAACUCAAAGGGCAUCAAUGGCAGUCUCGAUGUCAGACAUUCUACUGUUUCUUCUUUCUGUAACAACCUACGUUUUAUUUCUGUACAGUACAAAGCUUUUCUUGAGACGAAGAAAUUCUGAAGAGCUAAAGCCGAUUCCCCCUGGAAAAACAGACUGGCCAUUCUUCAGGGAAUCCCAGGAUUUAUACUCUAAAAUGCAAGGAAAUGCCGUCCAUGAAUUUGUCCUGGAAAGGUGCAACAAGUAUUCCUCAAAGAUUUUCAAGACAUCCGUGAUGGGACAGACGGUUGCAGUAUUUUCCGGCGCAGAGGGUAACAAAUUCCUGUUUUCGAACCAGCCGGAAUUGUUAACUCAUUGGGUCCCAGGCUACAUAACAAAGCUCUUCCCCAGUGGAAAUGAUGGAAUCAAAGAUGAUGCUAAGCAGAUUCUUGCCAAGCGUCUGUUCUUCAAGUCCACUCUCAAGGGAGAUGCGCUUAGAUCCUACGUAAGGAUUUUCGACGCCACCGCGAAACAACAACUAUUGACGGUGCAAACGGACUGGAUGAAACCUGAGGAAGUGAGUGAAAUGGCAAGGAGGUACACGUUCACAUCCGGGUGCAAGAUCUUUUUAGGCAUAGGCGACAAAAGAAAGAUUGACGAACUUGAAGAGUAUAUAAACAUGGUGGAAAUCGGGCUUACUUCAAAACCAAUCAAUCUUCCAGGAACUGCAUUUCAUCGCGCCAUCAAAACAUCAAAGAACUUGUUCAGGGAGCUUGGGGCAAUAAUCAGGCAGAGGAAAACAGAGACGACUAAUUGUUCAUCUUCAGGGGAUGAAGAUUUUGAUUUCAUUUCGCAGUUGAUUCAAUCUUCAACGCGAGAUAACCGCCACGGCCUAAUGCUCGGCGAAUCACAAAUGGGUAGUUUUUUAGCGGGUCUUCUUAUGGGGUCCUAUUCAGGUUUACAUACCACAAUCACCCAAGUUAUCAAGCAUCUUGCAGAGUUUCCUCAAGUAUACCAGCUAGUUCUGAAAGAGCAAGAAGAAAUUGCAAGUUCCAAGGGAGUAAACGAAACACUCCAAUGGGAAGAUGUAAGGAAGAUGAAGUAUUCCUGGAACGUUGUCUGUGAAACCUUAAGAUUAUCAGCAUUAGGAAUAGGUGGAUUUAAGGAAGCUGUCAAUGGUUUCGAGUAUGGAGGAUAUACCAUCCCUAAAGGAUGGAAGUUACAAUGGAGCGCAGCUGCCACUCAUCGGAACCCGGAAUACUUUCCAGAUCCUGACAAGUUUGAUCCGUCGAGGUUUGAAGGAGAUGGUCCAGCGCCUUACACAUUUGUACCAUUUGGAGGUGGCAUUCGCAUGUGCCCUGGAAAUGAGUAUGCAAGAUUCGCAAUCCUAGUUUUUAUUCAUAAUGUGGUCAUAAAUUCAGCUGGAACAAGCAAAUUGCUCCCACCAAAAUUAGGCGCCGUUGCAUGAUCCGCUCUGAAGAUUGCCCCCCGGCCAAUAAAAUCUGCAGUUUUCCCGAAUCCUCAAAACCAUAAGCGCCGCAGCCAUCAUAGUAAGUAUCUUGUUUAGGGGUCGUAAUUUAAGGUAGUGAUCAGCUACUCUAAUCUCCUACCAGUUAGCAGUAAUAGCGUAAUACUGUUGUGUGGGUAAAUUUGUACUGUUCUGAAUGAGUCCCUCCUUUCCAAACAAGGAUUUGUGGGAACAAUUUGACCAAAUGGGCUCUCAGUUUGGAUCUCCUUAACUGAUUGUGCACAUUGAACAAUUUGUAGUUCUUCAAACAAAUUAGUGUUGAAAUCUUCAUAUAUAGUUUUUUUUUUUAAUGGACUCUAUAAUUCAAAAUAAAUUGAGUAAUGUAAAUGGGUAAGUUCGCAUAAUUUUUUUUAAUGGACUCUGACUGAUGAUGAUGCAUUUGUAGAUGAGGUUAUUUGGAUUUCAGAUAUGGAAUAUCUGGACUCUUAAAGGGUCACGAAUUUGGAUUAUUACAGAAUCCAAAAAAAUCUGUGUCUCCGUCGGAAUCAAGAUAUUCCAUAACUGUAAUCCUAAAUGUUAUGGCACUGAUGGAUUGCAUCAAAUGUGAAAAUAAUUUGCACUCUUAUCACUAUACCAUUCGGAGCCCAACUCAGAUCUAAACUGAUGUCUCCUCUUCUCCGUCUUCAACAACAUCUGAGGAGAGCAUACACUACAUUAGAAGAAGAUCAGACCUAAUUUCCUUUCCAAAACAUGAUGAGAGGAAUAACAAUGUAGGAGUUCAAGAUCGAUGUGACCAAGAAAAAAGUAAAGAGGGGACGGAGGAGGAGAGUGUUUCUCUGAUGAGGUUUAAGUUUAGCCUGCCAAUUUGUAGGGAACAGGCGUAAAGGAGAUCGAGGCUAAGAUCAAAUUUAUUCUUAUUAGGGUUUACUCUCUCAAUUCAAAAAAAAAAAAAAUCACACUGGAUUUCAAAUAUGCCCAUGUUUCACCAACUAUCCCCUUAAAUUUUUAUCCCUACUACAGAUACCUUUACUACACAAGUUUUAUGUCAAGGGGGCGUUGUGAUCUUUUUCUAUUUAUUUUGAGGUCAAAUUACAUUUUGUGUCAAGGGACACGAAGUGUUGUUG